CUCUUAAAAACAUUAUUAUUACUACACAUCUGCCAUUGUCUGCUGAAAUAUUAAGUUUUGAGAGACCGUUUUGAAGAAUCAUUCCUUUAUCUUUCAAGGCACUGUCCAUGUCGAUUUUGAGGAACCCACGGCGUACGAAACAAUCGGGAAGGAAGGAAUGUUGUAUGGCCUUUUCAAAAAUAAGCAAAUGGGGAUUUCUAUCGAAGUUCGUCUGGCCGAUCCGUCGGAAGACCACGGCAUCAAGAUUGGCGUCUCAUCAGCCGACCUCAUGGCAGGAGUUUCCGAAACAGAUGAAGUAGCAAUAUGUCCAACUGUCAACGUCGGUGGAAGCUUCGAAGGAGUCCCGGUUGAGAUGACUUUGAGCCACUGUGCAGAGCUUUCGCAGGCUGCUCUUGAAGGGAAAGGAAAGGUGGUUGUUUAUCACAAGUCAGAGAAAGGUUCUGAUCAGGCCCAAGGGGGAGGAGGCGUUUCUCGUCGGGAACUGUCUCCUUCCGAAUGCACCAUUACCAAAGACAAGCUGCGCUUCGACGUCGACAAACCCGGAUUGUACACGGCCUCGAUGAAGGACGAUAUGUGUGUAGGAAAAAGAGUUGCCAUGCUAGCCUUUCUGCCACGCGAGAUGCCGAAAAACAGGAGGCCCGUUAUUCAUUUACAGUUCUAUUUCCCCUUUGGUGAACUUGGACAGCGACUUUGUGACGAAUGGACGGCUAAAGACUGUGUAUGCGUCAAAGAUGAAACUACAUUCAUUCUAAAACAUAUUGGCCAAGAUGCGAAAGUGGAAUUCAAGAACAAAUUUACCCAGGAGCUUUCAUCGACACUCGAGACUGAAACCCUUGAGAUAAUCUCAUACGAGUGCCUUGAUUUUGAGCUUGAUUACUACAUGUUAAAAACAAAUGAUGUGGAUGCUACCGUACGCAUUAUCCAAGGCGAGUGCAGAGCUGAGAUUGAAAUUCAGGGUACCUUGACAGUUCCCGAACCAGAACCAGUACCGGAAAUGGAACCAGAACCAGUAGUCGAACCAGAACCGGAAGAGCCACUACCCCCUAAAGAACCAAUCAGAGUCCCACACAAGGUUUCUGACAAGAUGAUAGCUGAGGUUGCAAAAUACAAGAUUUCGUCCGACCGGUUUUCUGUGCUGGUAAAUGCCCUGGGCUUCUCAACAAAGGAUUUUGGAAAGGCAGUAUCAGAUAACAUAAGCUCUACAGGAAGAAGAGAAGGGUAUAUAGGGACCAAAAAUAUUCUUACCCGAUGGCGGAACAAAACAGAAGUUGCAAAACAGCGUCCGGAGUUAAGAGAGGCGUUUACAAGAUCAAACUUGCCGCACUUAACAAAGAGGUACCUUAAGAUAGAACACGAUUUCCUUGAUUGA